AUGUCUGAAGCUGUAAAAAUAAAGAACAUCUGCUGCAUAGGGGCUGGUUAUGUUGGGGGUCCAACCUGUGCCGUCAUAGCCCUGAAGUGUCCUGACAUCACGGUCAAGGUUGUCGACCUGUCAAAAGAGAGAAUCGAUCAGUGGAAUUCUAAUAAUUUACCUAUUUUUGAGCCGGGCCUGGAUGACAUAGUGAAGGAGUGCAGAGGAAGGAAUUUAUUCUUCUCGACGAACAUCGAUGCAGCCAUCCACGAGGCAGAUCUCGUCUUUAUUUGCGUCAACACUCCAACUAAAAGUUAUGGCCUUGGGAAGAGUCGGGCCCCAGACCUGAAGUACAUAGAAUCAGCAGCUCGUCGCAUAGCUGACAUUUCCACAUCGAACAAAAUUGUCGUCGAGAAGAGCACGGUGCCCGUCAAGGCUGCCGAGAGUAUCAUGGAAAUACUGAACAGCAAUCAUAAACCUGGGGUCCAGUUUCAAGUGCUCUCCAACCCUGAAUUUUUGGCAGAGGGCACAGCCAUAAAUGACCUACUGAACCCUGACAGGGUUUUGAUUGGUGGGGAGGAAACCCCUGAAGGGAGGAAUGCCAUAGAGUCCUUGAGCAACAUUUAUUCUAGAUGGGUGGCCAGACAAAAAAUUGUGGCUACCAACACGUGGUCAUCAGAGCUUUCUAAACUGGCGGCCAAUGCCUUUCUUGCCCAGAGAAUUUCAAGCAUUAACAGCAUGUCUGCAAUAUGUGAAGCUACUGGGGCUGACGUGGCAGAAGUGGCACACGCCAUAGGGUUGGAUUCUAGGAUCGGUCCCAAGUUCCUGGUCGCCAGUGUCGGCUUCGGAGGCAGUUGUUUCCAGAAGGAUGUGCUAAACCUCGUCUACCUCAGCGAGUGCCUCAACCUGCCACAAGUUGCCGCCUACUGGAACCAAGUGAUAGAGAUGAAUGAAUAUCAGAAGCGUCGUUUCGUGGACAACAUCGUGCACGCGCUCUUCAAUACGGUCUGCGACAAGAAGAUCACCAUCUUUGGCUUUGCGUUUAAGAAGGAUACUGCCGACACUCGCGAAUCACCGAGUAUCACGAUAUGCAAGUACCUGAUUGACGAGUGUGCCCAGAUAUCAAUCUACGACCCUCAGGUCGACCCCGAACAAAUGCUACAUCUAAAUACACAUACACACAAAUACACACAUACAGGCAUUGACAUUGAGAAAUACAUAAAGAUAUACAAGAGUCCUUAUGAGGCCGCCAAGAAAGCUCACGCCAUUGUCAUCUGCACCGAAUGGGACGAGUUCAAGACGUUAGACUACGAGCGAAUCUACUCCAGCAUGUGCCAGCCUGCUCACAUCUUCGACGGGCGACAGCUUCUCGACCACAAGUACCUCAUCGACAUCGGCUUCAGGGUUGAAGCCAUUGGGAAAAAUCUUUCCAAGAGUCAUACUGGAAAGCCGUUUUCGUCUGUGGAGGGCCCCAAAGCUAAGAGACCCAAGUGGUAA